GUCCCGUUAAAAAUCCCUGUUCCCAACAAAAACAUUUUAAUUUUUAAAAGUUUUGAAAAUCUCUUUAAAUAAAUUUACUCACGUUUUAGUCCAGAAGCUACUUGGUAACGAGUUCUUAAUUGAAGGCACUAAAAGUGAAUCCAGCAGCUUUAACGAUAAUACUGCCUGACUGAUAAGUUGUCCUUCGUUCAUCAUCUUUGCAUUUUUUUGAUACGGAACAAUAAUGACAAUUAGAUUUCUCAUCCAUUGGACUAAGUAAUUUAUAAUUAAGUAUCCAGAAGACUAUCCUCCUCUAUAAUUUUUGACUGAUGGAUUAACCGACAUACAUCACAACAAUGAGUAGCCUCUCAAGAAAGGGUAAGAUUAGAACUUCAGAUGAUGUGUACAUCACCAGCGUAUCUUCAGCUGUUGUAUCCAGUAGUUCCAGUGUAAAGAAUGGGUCAAUCGCUAUGAGUUUGAAUAAUGCUUUAUCCAUGAAUAUGAAGUCGUCAAAACCUACUGUCUCAGUGUUACCUUGCGUUUACAAUGGUCACGAAGUUGUGCAAAAACCAUCGUCUCCACCCAAGAAGUCUGACAUUUCGUCAUGUUCAUCACUACUUGACAUUUCUUCCGCAAACCCCACACCCGCAAAACCGGCUGUAUCUAAUUUCAAUAUAGGAUUCUCCAUGGACGACAGUAGUGAGAAUGAAGAAGACUUUAUUCCGGGAUCACCCAUCGUUUCUUCCCAAAAAUUUCUAUCGUCCAACACGGCAGCUAAAUUAGCCGAUAAGAACAAACCAAUUCGAUAUAACUCUCCUCCCAUCUUGGAUAAUGAUGAUGAUGACGACGACGGGUGUACAGUAAUUCCUGCCAGCCCUGAUAUAAAGCCCGAUAUAGGGCCGUAUGUUAGUAACGAUGAUUCUUCCAGCUCUAAAAAUAAUAAGCGUAAAAGUUCUGAUGAAGAGGAAGAUAGUUCCGUUAAACAAGACGACUCUACUUCCGAAGAUUAUAUUCAACCCCCAACUAAACGACGGGUGGUUUGCCAGAGAAAGCUUGUCUUAAUGAGCGACUCUGAGUCGGACCAAGAAUCCGAUGGGGACACUGAGAACGAAGGGGAAGAAACCGAGGAAAAAGACCAAGACGAGGACGAUGACGAAACGGAUUUUGAAGAUGCAGAAGGUGAAGAAACUGAUUUCGAAGAAGAAGGUGUAGACAUGAGUCAUGCCGUGGACGAAGAUUUGUUUGACCAGAACGAUAUGUUUGGAGACGAUGAUGAAAUAGAUAGUCUGUUAGCUGGAAUUGAUGACUCAAAUAUUUUACCACCCAACGUCAAUCAGAGCAAUAGUGCCAAUUUAUCCGAAAAUAAGUCAGAUCCGGAUGUAGUGGUACAGGAUUUGAUAGAAAGGGUUCAAAAUGGGGACGAUGUGAGGUCAUUGUCGUCAGAUUUGUUACGGAACACAGUUUCAAUAUUUCGAGGAUGCAAAUCCCCUAGUGUUUUAGCCUCUCUGUUGGGACUUGCGGAAAAAAACUUAGUGUCUUUGAUUGAACUAUGGGAUAUGGCUGCUUCUUCAGUAGGCCAACCGGGUAACAAUAAUUUUGCCAAAUCGGGGACAUCCAAUUCAACCAAGCCGACUCAAGCUAAAAAUUCAUAUACAAGUUGUGGUGGUGGUGGUUACAGUAAUUUUGCUGACCGAUCAGUUAUUGACAUUAGCGGAUCUCCAUCGAGCAAGAGACCACACCAAGAUAUUCCGAAACACGAUUACUUUGGUGAAGACGCUCCAGAUGAUGAAAUUUUUGACAUUGAAGACGAGGAUGAAUUUGAACAAAACCAAUACAAUACUCCAAGCACUGACAACUCCUACAACUUUAAUAACUCGUCAACUGGGAUGACCACCCCAAAGAAAAAUAAUUUAGGGAGUCAAAGCAAGCUUCUUAAUAGUAGUAUUAUUUCUCCUUCUAAAUUUAUGGACCCGGGAAAACUUGAAGUUGGACGUUUUUUGGGCGAUGUUCGCAAUGAUGGAAUCACUGGCGAAUUUGAUGGAUUUAAUUUCGGACAUUCAAAGACGAUGCUUACAGUUUUAAGGAAUCGCUUUGGACUAAAAAAUUUCCGACCAAUUCAGUUACAAGCAAUUAACGCUUGUAUGGCUGGACAUGAUUGUUUUAUUUUAAUGCCUACUGGAGGGGGGAAGUCCCUUUGUUACCAGUUAACGGCAGUAAUUUCCCCAGGAGUGACUAUUGUAAUAUCACCACUUAAAGCGCUUAUUCUAGAUCAAGUUCAAAAACUGACGUCUCUUGAUAUUCGUGCUGCUCAACUGUCAAGUGAUGUCAGCAUGGCAGACCAAUCAGCAGUGUACAAUGAACUUGAAGGAAAUGAUCCUAAGUUAAAACUAUUGUAUGUCACACCUGAAAAAAUUUCAGCUUCUGGACGAUUGGAAGAUGUUUUUCGAUCGCUGUAUAGAAGAAAUUUACUGGCUCGUUUUGUAAUUGACGAAGCUCACUGUGUAUCACAAUGGGGACAUGAUUUUAGACCUGAUUAUACGAAAUUGCACGUUUUAAGGGAACGUUAUCCAAAAGUUCGAAUGAUGGCUUUAACCGCUACUGCAACGCCUGUUGUUCGAGCUGAUAUUUUAAAACAACUUCACAUUCAACAAUCAAAAUGGUUCAUGUGUUCCUUCAAUCGACCAAAUUUGCGAUACGAAGUUCGUGCAAAGCGUGGAAAGGGCAAUAGUUCUCAAGAUGUUAUAGAACUUCUGAAUAGUCGCCCAUAUCGUGGACAGUCUGGGAUAAUCUACUGUUUCUCUAGGAAUGACUGUGAUAAUAUGGCUCAAGCACUCCAGCAGGGAGGAAUUAAAGCCGUGAGCUACCAUGCUGGGCUGAAAGAUGAUAGGCGUGCCAGUGUUCAAAAAGAUUGGAUUUCAGAUAGAACAAAGGUCAUUUGUGCCACUAUUGCAUUUGGAAUGGGAAUUGACAAGCCUGACGUGAGAUUUGUAAUUCAUCACUCUUUGCCAAAAAGUGUUGAAGGAUAUUAUCAGGAGUCUGGUCGGGCUGGAAGAGAUGGAGAUAUUUCGAAUUGCAUAUUAUUCUAUUCAUACGGCGAUGCAAUAAAAAUACAAUCCAUGCUGAAACGUGAAAAAUCCAAUUACCAUGCUCAAAAAAAUCAUCUUGACAACUUAUUUCAAAUGGUGGCGUACUGUGAGAACAAGACGGACUGUCGGAGAGCUCAAUUACUUCAAUAUUUUGGGGAAAUAUUUGAAGUUAAACUUUGCAAAGAAAGUCGACUAACCGCGUGCGAUAUCUGUACCCAAACGGAUAACUACUUGACCAAGGACGUCACUGUAGAAUGCCAAAAGAUUGUCAAAAUUAUUUAUCUUGUCAAUGCUGUUGGCACGCGAGUUGCGUCUGCAAGAGGGGGUCGGCUUGCUGACCCACGGGGAAGAUUCACUUUGCUGCACAUUGCUGAUAUUAUGAAAGGAAGUGAGCAUAAAAAAAUUGUAGAAGCAGGACAUAAUAAAUUUGAUGGUCAUGGGGCUCUGAAAUCAUGGCAAAAAGGAGAGGUUGAACGUUUGAUACGAAAACUUGUAUUGGAUGGAUACCUUAUAGAAGAAGUACAUGAAGUUACGGACACAAUGAUUAGCUACGCUUAUUUAAAAUUGUCUGCCAAAGCAGAUUUAAUCAAAGAUGGGAAGGUGAAGAUCGAAUUUUCAAUGGCCUCGAAAUCCUCACAAGCACAAGCACCACCUAAAUCAACAGUCAAUAUUGAGUUGGAAGGAUCUUUGGGAGAAGUACAACAAAAGUGCUAUGAUGAAUUGGUUCUAGCAUUGAGAGAUCUUGCUACUGAACUUAACAUUAACCAAUGGGCCAACAUAAUGAGUGCUCAGACCGUACGCAUGAUGUCUAUUCAAACUCCAGAGACCCCAGACGAGAUGCUUCGUGUACCUGGUGUUACGAAAGCUAACUUUUUGAAAUAUGGCCAAAAAUUGUUGAAUAUAACAAUUAAAUAUAAGGCUGAAAAAUUUAAAGUGCUAUCAGAAUAUCAAGCGAAUAACAUUGAGGAGUACGAGACCCAGAGUUCAAAACCUGGCACUUCAAAAUCUUCUAAUGGCUGGAUAGAUGCGGAUGACCGCACUGCCACCAAGUCUAAGUAUUUUGCUAAAAAACCAGCGUCUGUUGGAAUCAGAAAAAGAAAAGCACCACGGAGGAAAAAGAGAAAGUCUCCGAAAAAAGCGACAUAUGCUCGAAAUAAAGGAUUUUCUCCAAAAGGGACAUUCUCUGGCCUCACCCAAGCUCGUAAAUCGUACAAAGUCGCAACUGCUUUUAGAUCCCCCAAAAAAUAUUCCCACAUGGCAGGCUCAAGUGCCUCAACUAGUGCUGCCCCUGCUAAAAAGACUACUGCCAGCAGUGGUUUAGGUUUAAUGCCGCUACCAAAACCUACUCAGCGGAAGAUGAACUUUUAACGUAUCGAUUUAAAAAUAUUCUUGCAUUGCUCCCUUUUUUGAAGUUUUGACUCUAGAAAAGUCGUUCAUUUGGUAUCUACGAAUUAUGUAGAGGGGACAUACCAGAGUUAGAUUGUUGGGCAUCACCAGAACAAUAUUUUACACUGAAUUACAGAUUUGUAGUGUGUUUUAUACAACUUUUCUAUACGACCCUGCAAUUGUGGGAUUUUUAUAUUACUUAAAUUAAUGUCAUUUACCGAUUGUGACUCGAAAAAAUUUCAAACGCCAAUAAAGGUCUAAUAAUUUAAAAUCAAUGAAUGUGAAAUUGCGUGUAAGAAUUUACUAAUAGAUCAUCAUAAACAGGUGUCAACUGUAUUUGUUUAUUAAUAAAUAUUUCAUAAAUCUUA